GGUGUGGACAGUUGUAUACGCAACGUUGAGGCUAAAAGACGCAAAACGGAUACCAAAGCGCUAACAACGAAACGCCAUACGGUUGACUCGCUCCUCACCUACACAUACCACCACUCGAGCAAAAAAAUUUUUUUAAGUGAUUUCUUAGUGUGAACCAAAAUAAAUUUCGAGUUUUAGUGCGCGGAUCAGACAGGCAGGCGGCCAGAAAGUCAUACUUUUAAUACGUGCGAACGCGUGUGUGCAAUGCGAAUACUGUUCUAGGGGGCGUCAAGCAAACGCGCGCGUGGCGACGAAGGGACGGAGUGUCGGGGAAGAGACGUACAAUAAAAAAGCAUUAAAAUGUAUGCAUAAGUAGGCAAAAAUUUAUAGGCAAAUCGUUAAAUGCUGCUGAAAGGCCUUGAACGAGUGAGGUACGCAGUGUACGCAAAAAGGCAUAAAUCGAAAGUGAAAACUGGAUGCAAAGUGUUCAGAACUGUGGGAAACUUUACGGAUUUUUAACACGUCGUCACGUGUAGGCCAAAGAUAAAAGAAAGAAAAAUCGUAAAAUCAAAUUUAAGCGAUACUUCAGCGUUUUAGCCCGUAAUGUGCAUACGCGAACAGACAGAGUAAAGCGCGUUAUUCGUGUCGGGUUUCAGUGUGCGCGCGUGUGUGUGUGUAUGUAGGAAAAAAUCUAGUCCUUGAAAAGGAUAUCUACCAUUCAAUUACUGUGCCUUUUCACACAUUUGCAAAUUAAAUAAGAAAUAGUUAUUUACGCCAAAACGUGAGCGUAACGAAAAGCAAUUUGCACGACAAAUAAGUGUUGAUGAAUAAAAUAGAAGAUAAAAAAAGAAAUUGAGCAUUAGAAAUUUAAAAAAAAUAUGUUAAAAAUUGAUCUGUGUUGAAUUGCAAGCGAAGAAAAAGUCGCAUGAAACAAAUAAUUUCCCAUUUUCUGCUGCAACUGUGACAAGCAGCAAAAUCGAUAAUUUCUAAAACAAAUAAUAACGACAACAAAAAAGCAAAAAAGCACCAAGUAAAAAACUAAGAAACGAAACGAGACGAGACAAGCGAGUCAAGAGGCAGAAAAGCCAAAUACAAAAGCAACGCAAGUAGCAGGCAAUAGUAGCUGCAACAACAAUAACAACAUCAACAAAAGAAAAAAAAAAGAAAGAAAAAUAAAACACUAUAAUAAUAGCACUAGCUGUUGCAACAAAAGCAAUAACGGCGACAACGAAAUCGGGACGAAUUCCAAAUGAAUCAACAACACCAACAAAAGCAGCUAAAACCAACUACAAAAACAAUAACACCAACACCAAAGGCUGAAUAAUCAUAAAGCUUAACAGUGCAGUAGACGCUUUGGGGCACAACCGAGUAGCGGACGAGGACGUCUGGACGUCCCGCAGGCGACAGAGACCACAAGGGAAUCUAGCACAGAAAUAGAAAAAUCUGAUAUUUCAAAGCAUUGGCGCAUUAAGUUGCCAGUAGACAGGAAGUACCAGCGAAAAUAUUAAAUUUAAGUGAAGCAUACAAAUAACAAAUACAAAUAUUAUAGCAUACGUAACUGCGCUCGAGCGUAUGUGUGGAAAAAUAUAAGCGCCAAGAUAUCAAAUAUCUCAGGACGCCAAAGAGGGUAAAGCAGCUGGCCACACGAUUAGUGUGCCAACAAUAAAUAGUCAAGCCAAGCAAAGAAAUGCGCGGCAACCAAAGACAAUAAGCGUAUUAAAGAACCAAACAACGAAAUGAGAAUAGCAUAAAAGAGAAAAAAUAAUAGUAUAUAGUGGGCAUAAGCAAAUAAAAGUCACGCGCGCACACUCACACAUGUACACAUACACACAAUAAAACUGUGUUGCCGAAACCGAGCGCAACCAAAAGUGAGUUGCAGGUUAGAGUGCCCGCCGAGUAGAAGUACAAGUUGCUCAUACGUCGUGUAGUGCCAGCUAAGCCGAAAACUCAGUUAUAAAAGCUUAUUCGGCCAUAUCAAUUAUUACAGAGAAGAGUAAAGGCGAAUCUAAGCAAUAUAAGCGUCCAGAAGGGUUACGUGUGAAAAAAGCGCGCCAAGAAUAAAAGGAAAAAGAAGAAGAAGAAGUUGUGCUCACAUGCGCCCAAAAGCCAAAAGAGUUGCAAAGUAACAAAAUUGGCUUGUUGUGCAUUCAAGCGCAACACAUUUACUGCCACUCCACUGCAUUCGUGCCAACAACGAGAUAAAAACAUACUCACAUGCUUACAUACGUGUAUAUAUAUGUUUAAAUAGCAAUAAAAAUAAAAAUAAAAAUAGAAAAAAUAUUAAAAAAAUAUCACAAAUACUAAAGGAAACACCAAGAAAAGCAAACAUUUGCUAAAAGUCUAAAAAAUAAUAACAUAAAAAUAAGUUAGUAUUUACGCUCACCUGCCAACUCUGCACACCGAAAUAUACUGCUUAUAUACACAAAAACGUAUUUCAGAGCAAAAUAGCUUAAGUGAGUCUAGAGGACUAGACUCAUAGAAACAAGCUCAGUUCAGCUCAGCUCAGCUCAGCCCAACGUCGGAAAAGGCGUUACAAAUCUGCUGGAAGGCAUUUCAUUUAUACAUACAGCGCCGUACAUUAACUUAUGGACAAUGCCUACGUAUACUAUAAGUUGGACGAAUUCCGUCUUGAAAUACAAAGAAGGGAUCAAGAAAUAUUGGCGAUGGCGGCCAAAAUGAAAACUUUAGAAGAGCAACAUCAGGACUAUCAGCGGCACAUAGCGGUUCUCAAGGAGUCGCUAUGUGCCAAGGAGGAGCACUACAACAUGCUACAGACUGAUGUUGAGGAGUUGCGAGCCCGCCUAGAGGAGAAGAAUCGACUGAUUGAGAAGAAGACGCAAGGUACACUACAAACAGUACAAGAACGGAAUCGCCUGACUAGUGAACUCACCGAAUUGAAGGAUCACAUGGAGAUAAAGGAUCGCAAAAUCAACGUGUUACAGCGAAAGAUUGAGAAUCUCGAGGAUCUGCUUAAAGAGAAGGAUAAUCAGGUGGAUAUGGCCCGUGCACGUCUGUCGGCAAUGCAGGCUCAUCACAGCAGCUCCGAGGGCGCUCUCACAAGUCUCGAAGAGGCCAUUGGUGAUAAGGAGAAGCAAAUGGCUCAGCUGCGAGAACAGCGAGAUCGUGCCGAGCAUGAAAAGCAAGAGGAGCGUGAAUUACAUGAGCGUGAAAUUGCCGAUUACAAAAUCAAGCUGCGUUCGCUCGAGAGUGAGGUGGAGAAAUUGAAUACGCGCCUGGAGCGUGCUGUUACCGAGCGUGAGCGUUUGGAAAUUAAAUUAGAAGCAUCGCAGAGUGAAUUGGGCAAAUCGAAGGCGGAACUGGACAAAGCCACAUGCGAGAUGGGACGCAGCACUGCCGAUUGGGAGUCGACCAAGCAACGUAUAGCUCGUUUGGAAUUCGAGAAUGAACGAUUGAAACACGAUUUGGAACGUUCACAGAUGCAGCUAGAAGAACAGACCACACUACAUAAAUCGGUACAAAAAUUAAUGCUCGAAUCAGGACGUUUAUCGACAACAUUCGGUCGCAACACGAUGACGAAUUCGCAAGAAUUGGAUCGAGCACAAGAGCGCGCUGACAAAGCGGCUGCGGAACUGAGGCGAACACAAGCUGAACUCCGGGUCACACAGGGCGAUACAGAUAAACGUUUUUCGGACGCGGAACGUGCUCGUGAAGAGGCGACUGCGUUGCAGGAGAAGCUUGAGAAGAGCCAGGGUGAGGUAUAUCGACUUAAGGCGAAGCUUGAAAAUGCACAAGGUGAACAGGAGAGUUUGCGGCAGGAACUGGAGAAAGUUCAGGGUGGUGUCUCGCGAAUACAUGCCGAUCGCGAUAGGGCCUUCUCGGAAGUGGAGAAGAUGAAGGAGGAAAUGGAGCGAACUCAGGCCACGCUGGGCAAGGCACAACUGCAACAGGAGAAAUUGCAGAACUCUUUGGACAAAGCCCAGAAUGAGGUUGAUCAUUUGCAAGAGAAACUUGAUAAAUCCGUGGCUGAGAAUCGACGUUUGGUACUCGAAAAGGAGAAGCUCACCUAUGACUAUGACAAUUUGCAGUCGCAACUGGAUAAGGCGCUGGGACAGGCGGCGCGCAUGCAAAAGGAACGCGAAACUCUCACACUCGAUACGGAUCGCAUACGAGAGAAGUUGGAAAAGACGCAGAUGCAACUAGCACGUAUACAAAAGGAGCGGGAUCAAUUCUCCGAUGAGUUGGAAACACUCAAAGAACGCUCUGAAUCAUCGCAAACUUUACUGAUGAAAGCGGCGCGCGAUAAGGAGGCAAUGCAAACCGAUUUGGAAGUGCUUAAGGAGCGUUAUGAAAAGUCUCAUGCUAUCCAACAGAAAUUGCAGAUGGAGCGUGAUGAUGCCGUCACUGAAGUAGAAAUCCUUAAAGAAAAACUGGAUAAAGCACUUUAUGCCAGUCAGAAACUCAUCGAUGAGAAGGACACCUCGAAUAAGGAGUUCGAGAAGAUGUUGGAGAAAUAUGAUCGCGCGCAGAAUGAAAUUUAUCGACUACAGUCGCGAUGUGAUACUGCCGAAGCGGAUCGCGCACGUUUGGAGGUUGAAGCAGAACGUUCUUCUUUGGCCGCAUCCAAGGCGCGAGAAGAUCUCCGUAAAUUACAAGAGGAGAGUACUCGUCUACAAGAGGCAUGCGACCGUGCUGCGCUGCAGCUGAGCAGAGCGAAGGAAAGCGAAGAUAAUGCACGUGUUGAACUCGAUCAUAAUCGCGAACGUUUCGAUAAACUGCAGACCGAUUUACGUCGUUCACAGGGCGAAAAAGAACAUUUGCAAUCGGAGAUGGAGCGUGUCUCAUACGAACUGGAGCGUGCACAUGCCGCGCAAACCAAAGCGAGCGCCAGCGUAGAAGCGGCUAAGGAGGAAGCCGCACAUUAUGCCGUUGAGCUGGAGAAGAUGCGAGAUCGCUAUGAGAAGAAUCAAAUUGAAUUGCGUAAACUCCAGGAUACAGAUACAUUUGGACGUGAGACCCGCCGCCUUAAGGAGGAAAAUGAACGCCUCCGCGAAAAACUUGAUAAAACACUUAUGGAACUUGAGACUAUACGUGGCAAGUCACAAUACGAGUCCGAAUCGUUUGAGAAAUAUAAAGACAAAUAUGAUAAGAUUGAGAAUGAGAUACAAAAUAUGGAAUCCAAACUGCAUGAGACCACCUUGCAACUGGAAUUGUCCAAGGGAGAGGUUGCUAAGCUACUGGCCAAUCAAGAGAAGCAACGUAGCGAAUUGGAGCGGGCGCAUAUUGAGCGCGAGAAGGCACGUGACAAGCACGAGAAACUGCUGAAGGAGAUGGAGCGACUGCGUCUGCAGCAACAAUCGGCCAUCAGCCCUGGCGAGUCGGUGCGCGCAUCGUUGUCGGCGGGCGAGCGCCAGGAGAUCGAUCGAUUGCGCGAUCGACUCGAAAAGGCGCUACAGUCGCGCGAUGCCACCGAACUGGAAGCGGGCCGCCUCGCCAAGGAGUUGGAGAAGGCGCAGAUGCAUUUGGCCAAACAGCAGGAAGCGAACGAAUCGACGCGCAUCGAAUUCGAACGCAUGUCAGCCGAACUCGGCCGCCUGCACGAUCGACUCGAGAAGGCAGAGGCCGAGAAGGAGUCACUACGCCAAUCGGGACGCAAUGGCGCAGACAAACCGCAUCCACAACUCGAAAAGCAUAUGCAGAAAUUGGAAUCCGAUUGCAAGCAAUUGGCCAUGGAACGCGAGCAGUUGGUCCUGCAACUCGAGAAGAGCCAGGAGAUAUUGAUGAACUUCCAAAAGGAGUUGCAAAAUGCCGAAAUCGAAUUGCAGAAGGCGCGUGAAGAGAAUCGUAAACUUCGUAACGGGCAUCCGGUAGCACCAGCAGCGCCAGCUGAAAUACAACAAAUGCAACAAGAAAUCCAAUUGCUGCAACAGAAAUUGCAAGAGUCCGAAAAGGCUCUACAGGCAACCAGCGCUGCUGCCGGCGCGAGUGGACCCAGUCGUGAAGAGGUCGAGCAGUGGCGCAAGGUACUCGAGGCGGAGAAGAAUCGCGCAGAAAUGGCCGACAAAGCCGCACAAGAAAUGCAUAAACGCAUACAACUCAUGGAUCAACACAUCAAGGAACAACAUCAACAAAUGCAGAUGAUGCAGCAACAAAUAGCACAACAGCAGCAACAGCAACAGCAGCAGCAACAACAAGUGUCCGGAAAUGCUCAAGAAGUCACCAAGGAGUUGGAGAAGGUGAAAGGCGAACUGCAAGCCGCCUGCACGGAGCGUGAUCGCUUCCAACAGCAGCUAGAGUUGUUGGUACAAGAGCUGGAGAAGAGCCAGGUGUCGAACCAAGAGCAAACAAAGCAGUUGCAGGUCUCGCAGCAGCAGGUGCAACAACUACAACAACAGGUACAAAUGCUGCAACAACAAGUACAACAACUACAGCAAGCGGGCAAUUCCGGCGCAGCGGCCACCGACGUCCAACGCCAGCAGCUGGAGCAGCAGCAAAAGCAAUUGGAAGAGGUGCGCAAACAGAUCGACAACCAAGCCAAGGCUACAGAAAGCGAACGGAAGAUCAUCGAGGAGCAACGGAAACAGAUCGAAGCCAAACGCAAGGAUAUCGAGGAGAAGGAGAAGAAAAUGACCGAUUUCGAUGUACAGCUGCGCAAGCGAAAGGAGCAAAUGGAUCAGUUAGAGAAAUCUCUGCAGACACAGGGUGGCGGUGCGGCCGCAGCCGGUGAGCUCAAUAAGAAACUCAUGGACACACAGCGGCAGCUCGAAGCCUGUAUUAAGGAACUGCAAAAUACCAAAGAGGAGCACAAAAAAUCCACCACCGAAUGCGAAAGAUUGCUUCAACUGGUGCAAAUGUCGCAGGAGGAACAGAACGCAAAGGAGAAAACCAUUAUGGACUUACAACAAGCCUUAAAGAUCGCUCAAGCAAAAGUGAAACAAGCACAAACACAGCAACAACAAGAUGCUGGACCAGCUGGAUUCUUGAAGAGCUUCUUCUAAAGAGUAUUACUUGGAAAUAUGAAAAUAAAUUUGCAAACAAAAAUAAAAAUGAACAACAACAAGCACUUUACAUUUUUAAAUACACUGUACAUUUAACUACCAGUAACCUCAGUAUUUAUUUCAUUACAAUAAUGAAUAAUGGAAAUGAAUGUAUUGGAAAUCUUUUUUACUCAACUUUUUGCUGAUCGCUGUCUUUUACUAAUAUUUGUUUCCUUUAUAAAAAAAAAAAAAAAAACAGAAAACAAAAAACAAACUAAUACAAAAUACUACUUAAACUAAUGCGAACUAACUGCUGCUGUAAAAAAACAUAUUUACAUAACUCUUCAUACUAACCACAUACUUCUUGCUACUAAUCUACAUGCAAUUUACGUACAUAUAAACAUAGAUGAAAAGCAUAACUCGGACAUACUUGCAUACAUACACGUAUUUGGCACAAGGAAUACUAGCAAACGGGAUAACGAUUCAACAACAACAACUGAGCAGCCGCCUUACAAUGGUGACUAGUCCAAGGCACCUGCAAUGGGAAAGCAUACCGCAGCGCAUUACAAUUAGUACAUAGCAUACACGUAUGUGUGUAGUGCACGUAUAUUAGCAAAUAGCAAAGGCGUAAAUUGAAUAUUAAUGGAAAAGGUCAAGAAGAUAGAUUACAAAAUUGAGAGUUAAACUCAUAUACGCAACAACGCGUUGAUUUGGAGAAGUAAAAAAGAAAAACUUUUUUUUUCUGGUGAGAUCACAAACAUACAAAGCAAAUAUAGCAGAAAAUAUGAAUCCUGCGUAAGCAAAAACAAAUUUGAGCAAGCCAUAAAAAGUGCAUAUGUAUGUAUAUUUCUGAUGGAAUUAAAUGAAAAAGGGAAACCAGUGAAGGGGUUGGUAAAAAUACAAUAUAAAUAUACAUAUAUAUACUUAUUAGGAAAAAAAUUAAUAAAUAAAUUAAAUUAAAUACUAUAUGCAGAGUUAUAGUUAGUUUAUUAAAAAGUGAAUAAAUAUACAUCAUACAUAUUAAAUAAAUAAUGUAAAUAUUAGAACAAAUUGUAGCAAAUGGAAAGCAACAAAAUUUUAUUUUCAUUUAUAUUAAUAUGUAUUAACAAUAAAUAAUAAUUAUAAUAGCA